GCCUGCUUUGAGGAAUUAUGCCAGGACUUGCUCUGUAGCACCCUUGAGCCUGUUGAGGAGGUUCUCUGCAAUUUGAAGAUUGAGAAGGUUAACAUUCAUGAGAUUGCCCUCGCUGACACCCACUUUUCAACCCCUUUCUUUCAGCUGUGUUCUAUCUUGUACCAACCUAGUCUAUACAGGUGUGUAGGUUGA